CCGGCACUGAGAGGCAGCACUGCUCCUUCCCUCGCACCCCCGGCGCCUCCCGCCCUGCUACAUGCGAGCCGCGGCCGCGCAGCGGGGCCAGCACGCCCGGGACUGCCCUGCUCCCCGCACGCCGCCCGCAGCCCCACCUGUUCGGAGGGUGAUGAUGCUCCAGUAAUUUUCCCCGCUCCAUUCCCAAGCAUCGCUUUGCUUUCCUUCCAGGGAAGAUCGUUCCACUUGUGAUCCUGCUGAGGAAGGAGACUCCGAUGGACUUACACCGGGCAGCGUUCAAGAUGGAGAACUCACCCUAUCUCCCCAACCCGCUGGCCUCCCCAGCACUGAUGGUUCUCGCCUCCACUGCUGAAGCCAGCCGUGAUGCUUCCAUUCCCUGCCAGCAGCCGAGGCCUUUUGGGGUCCCCGUGUCAGCAGAUAAGGACGUGCAUAUUCCCUUUACCAAUGGCUCAUAUACUUUCGCCUCCAUGUAUCACCGGCAAGGUGGGGUGCCUGGAGCGUUUGCAAACCGUGACUUUCCUCCGUCCUUGCUUCACCUCCACCCCCAGUUUGCACCCCCCAACCUGGACUGCACCCCGAUCAGCAUGUUGAACCACAGCGGCGUUGGGGCUUUCCGCCCAUUUGCAUCUACUGAAGACAGGGAGAGCUACCAGUCAGCCUUUACGCCGGCCAAGCGCCUGAAAAACUGCCAUGACACUGACUCACCCCAUCUGCGCUUCUCAGACGCUGAUGGGAAGGAGUACGAGUUUGGCACGCAGCUCCCCUCCAGCUCCCCUGGCUCCCUCAAAGUUGAUGAUACGGGGAAGAAGAUCUUUGCCGUUUCUGGCCUCAUUUCUGACCGGGAGACGUCAUCCAGUCCCGAAGACCGAAGUGACAGAUAUAGAAGCGACAACCAAAGAGGGCCCCAGGCGUCUGCAACUGCCACUCAUCGUAUGAUUUUAACUCUCCCCCUCUGCAAAAAGAAAGCAACUUUGUUUGACAGCCAGGCUCCAAUCUGCCCUAUCUGCCAGGUUCUCCUUCGUCCCGGGGAGAUGCAGGAGCACAUGGAGCAGGAGCUGGAGAAGCUCACCCAGCUGAACAUCAGCAAGAGCUCCAUCCUGAAGGAUGCCAUGGCAGCAGGCACUCCCAAGUCAAUUUUGUUGUCGGCCUCAAUCAAGCGAGAAGGAGAUUCUCCGACAGCAUCACCCCACUCCUCAGAUGACAUCCAUCACUCAGACAGAUACCAGACCUUCCUACGGGUGCGAGCCAACCGGCAGACCCGGCUCAACGCUCGGAUUGGAAAAAUGAAACGGAGGAAGCAAGACGAAGGGCAGGUAUGUCCCCUCUGCAGCCGACCUCUGUCAGGAUCCGAGGAGGAGAUGAGUAGGCAUGUGGAACAAUGCCUUGCAAAGAGAGAAGGUUCAUGCAUGACUGAAGAUGACUCUGUGGACAUCGAGAACGAGAAUGGCAACCGCUUUGAAGAGUACGAAUGGUGCGGGCAGAAGAGGAUACGGGCUACUACUCUCCUGGAGGGAGGAUUUCGAGGUUCUGGGUUUAUCAUGUGCAGUGGCAAGGAGAAUCCAGACAGUGACGCUGACCUGGAUGUGGAUGGGGACGACACGCUUGAAUACGGGAAACCACAGUACACAGAGGCAGACGUUAUCCCUUGCACUGGGGAAGAGCCAGGUGAAGCCAAAGAGAGGGAGGCGCUCCGAGGUGCUGUUUUAAAUGGUGGCACACCCAGCACUCGAAUAACACCGGAGUUUUCUAAAUGGGCCAGCGAUGAAAUGCCCUCAACGAGUAAUGGUGAAAGCAGUAAACAGGAGACCAUGCAGAAGACCUGUAAGAACAGUGAUAUUGAAAAAAUUACAGAAGACUCUGCUGUGACAACAUUUGAAGCGUUAAAGGCUCGUGUCCGUGAGUUAGAAAGGCAGCUUUCCCGUGGGGACCGCUAUAAAUGUCUCAUUUGCAUGGACUCCUACACAAUGCCCCUGACUUCCAUUCAGUGCUGGCAUGUGCACUGUGAAGAAUGCUGGCUGCGGACUCUGGGUGCCAAGAAGCUCUGUCCCCAGUGUAACACCAUCACGUCUCCCGGAGACCUUCGGCGCAUCUACUUAUGAAGGAUCCAGUGGGAGGGCGGGACCCAGCUACUCGGCUCAGCUCAUCACACCAAGGGUGGAGAAGAACGACAGCAACGAAAAAAAGACGUUUUAAAACUAAGGGAAAAAAAACAAACCAGAGACUCCCGACAUGGACUCGAGGAUACAGGAGCAGUGGGGAGCCUUCGCUUCCACAUCCUGCGUGUUGAGACCUCCUUCAGCACCUGCAGAGGGCAAAACCAAACCCUUUGUUGUGAAGCCCCCUUUUUUAAAACCAGUAUUCCCCAUCCACCCAUUCCCUGGAGCUGGCUUUGCAUCGCGGAUGGCUCGUGAGCCCUCCUUUGGACUGUGUUGUUGACCACUCUGCCCCCAGGAGACUGGGGAAGGGACCCUUGACAGAAAGAUGUUAAAUAACCUGUAACUUGUGUUCUUUGUUCAGUUUUUUUUUGUUUGUUUCAUUUUUAUUUGUUUCAGUUUGGGUUUUGGUUUGGUUCUGUUUUGGUUUUUUUGUGGUGUACUAGUGAUAAAAAAAAAGGUUUAAAGAAAAAAAAAACACCCACCCAGGCAGAAAUGAAGCACAUGUAAUAUAGAUUAUAUAUGUUUACAAUGUUGUGUAUAAAUGGGAUAGACUCAAACAUUACAUACUAAUAAGUUUCCCUUUCCUUUUUUUGGGUUGUAUUUUUUUUAAAGAAGAAAAAAAAAUGAGCAGAGAACAUUAAACCCAUAUUUUUCUUGGUUCAGCAAAGUUUUGGCAUUAAAGUCAUUAGUUUAAAAAAAGUAUAUAUAUACAUAUAUAUAAUAUAAAUGGUUUAAUGUUCUGUGGUGUAUAUUUCCUCAUUCAGAUAUGAAGUUAACAGCUUUUAGUAAUGGCUGUAGCAUUGCCCGUAACUUACAGAACUUAUGGGGAGUAGAGGAGGUGGAUUUUUGUCAUUAGUUGUAGCUAAUGGGGCUAUUUAUAAUAGAAUCGUUAUCCCCGGAAAGACACGGCUUUUAACUCCUCGCUGGGGGGGUUCGGCUCAGCCCCCUUUGCCUUUCCCAGCUGGGGAAGGGGCAAACGGAGCUGGAGGGAGCAGCGUGUGGGAGCGCUGCCCUUUGCCCCAGCUUUGGGGAUCCGGUGCCCCCUCCAGGGCUGUAGCCCCUGCCCAGCUUUGCUUUCCUCCUCCAGGCAGCGUUUGCCGGCUGAGGAUGCCUGAGCUGCUCCCAGUGCCUGCGGAAGCAGUGGGCACGGGGAGGGAUGGCCCUGCUCUUGGCUUUGCCUGGAGAGGCUCGGCCGGUUCCCUGGUGGUGCUGGUUGCCGGACACAAGCCCUGCAGAGCCAGCCCUGCCUCGUGCCAGCUUCUCCCGGCUCCUGCUCUCCUGCGUUUUGCAGAAGAGGAUUUGGCACUGAGGCGGAGAGCCGAGCCAGCCCUCUCUCCUCGCCCGCAUGGCCACCUCCAGGGCUCGCCCACAGGCCUUGGUGAGCAGAGAUGCUUCCAUCCAGAGCCAGAGGUUCCCCACAGCCCCAACUUCUUCCACACAGUUUUCCAUGCUUGUCCCUGUCUCCCAUCUCCUCAGCCUUGACCAAAGCUGCCGUCUGGCCUGGUGUUUUUUGUUGGUUGGUCUUUUAUUUUUAGGACCCAAGAAACAGAUCCUGCUCCAUUUUCCGUGUGCUGACUUCUCCCAGCCCCACGCCAUGCAGCCCUGCCCCGGAUCCCCAGGCAGUCGUGGGGUACCAGCUCCCCAAAUCCAGAAGAGAGGGAGGGAGAUGGGGAAGUGCAUUUUCCCCUGAUCCCAUAGGGUCAUCCCAAGCGGAUCCCACCUGGCCGUGCAGCAUGGCUGGGGCAUUUUAAGACAGUCUGGACACAGCAGUGGAUGAAGGGUUUGGAGCUGGAACCCCAGCGGUUUAGCAGAGAGCAGAUGCUGUCCUUGGCAUCUCCCGAGUUGUUUCAGAAGGAUCCCACUGCACCUAUAAAAACCCCAAAGCAAAACAAAUUGAAAAAGCUUUAUUUUAUAAGCAUCUUGCCAAAAGGCAACAAUUCCUAAUGGAAAGUUUCCCGCGUCUCCAAGCUCUUAGCGGCAUGGUGGCCAGAGAGAGCCGCAGCCUCCCCGUUUGGGGGUACAUCCCUGCAGGGCUCCCAGGGACCGGAGGAAGCCAAAGCACCCCAGGAGGGCCCUACCUGCCCGGAGAGGCUGUGGGCAGGGGAAGGGGCUGCAGAUUGGGCUGUCACUGCUGGGUGACCCUCCAGCCGGCAGCACUGGGGCAGGGGAAGGACAGGCACUUGGCUCUGGGGCAGGAAUGGGGGCAGAAUUUGGUGGAGGCAUGGCUGGGCUGCGAUGCCUGGGCGCUGGGGUCUUAGGGAUGGAUUUGGUGAGAGGCAGCCGGGAAGAGGGAGAGCACAGGACCCCCCAGCCCAGCCCUUCCUUGGAAACAGACCCUGGGAGGAAGCCAGGCUUCCUGGCGAGUGUUGCAGCCCAGCCAUGUGCUCUGUGGACGUAUGUGUAAAACCAUCUGUAAGCGGUCACUGGUUCUUUGUUUUGGGGUGGGAGGGUGUUUAUUAUUUUUUUAACUGUAAAGCUAUCCCCUGUUUUCAAGGGGGAAGGGGGCUGCAGGGGGGGAAGGCUGAGAGGAAAGGCAUCCCGGUUUGUAACUCGCAUCCGCCGCUUCCCCUUUUCUGUAAUGAGUUUUAAAUGAUUUUUAAGAAAAAAUAAUUGAAAUAUCGGAGUUACGUAUCUUUGCCCAAAGAAUCCCAGUUGCACAAAGCGAUAUUCCAGUGUGUCGAUGAUUGUGUGUCGGUGUAUAUUAUACAAAGAGGUACUUGUCACUCCCGUUUGUAAACUACAUUUG